ACUAAACAAGCGGGUAACUCGGGCACCCUUGAAUACAUUUACAUGGUGCCCUUUUGGAGGCUCAGAUUUUCGCCCCGAAACCUCCCAGCUCUCACUGGCUUUUCGUCUCUCGCCUUUCCGGCUCUCUCUCUCUUCGCCCUCCGCCUCCUCCUCUCCUCCCCAACCCCCGACCUUCGCUCCCUCCUCCGCCGCCACGCCGUCAUCGUCGCCUCUGGCCACUCUGCCAACCCCUUCCUCGCCGCCAAGCUCAUCUCCCUCUACGCGGCACUCUGCCGCCCCGACCUUUCUGCUCGUGUCUUCUCGGCCGCCAUCCCUUCCAACUCCGGCGACACCUUCCUCUGGAACUCCAUCAUAAAAGCCCACUUCUCCAAUGCCGACUUCCCGCUCGCCUUCCGCGCGUACAGUCAGAUGCUUUCCUCCGGCGCUUCCCCGAACGAGUUUACCAUCCCCAUGGUGGCCUCCGCCUCCGCUGAGCUCCUUGACCUUGGUCUCGGCUCUUCCGUCCAUGGCAAUGCCACGAAGUUCGGUCUUUUUAAUGGGAACUCCGCUGCUGUGGGCUCAUCUUUAGUGUAUAUGUACUCGAAGUGCGGGGUGAUUGGAGAUGCGUAUAGGAUGUUCGAUGAAAUACCAGCGAGGGAUGUGGUGGCAUGGACUGCGCUUAUAAUUGGGUGCGUGAGGAAUGGCGAGUUUGAGGAGGGAUUGGUGUGCCUUAAGAAGAUGCAUCGGGUUGGUGGAGAUGGAGGGGGGAGGCCUAAUUCUCGGACCAUGGAAGGUGGUUUGCAAGCUUGUGGGAACUUAGGGGCCUUGCCGGAAGGUAAGUGUCUGCACGGGUUUUUGUUUAAAGCUGGAAUGGGGUUCUGCCCUUCAGUCAAUUCAUCACUUCUUUCCAUGUAUUCCAAGUGUGAAAGCUUGGAAGAAGCUACUAUUGUGUUUCAAGAGUUAUCAGACAGAGACAUUGUCUCUUGGACUGCAAUUGUUGGAGUUUAUGCCAGGAAAGGUUUCAUAUUUGGGUGUCUGGAGUUGUUUCAGAUGAUGCAGGAUUUAGGGGUAGAACCUGAUGGAGUUUUUAUUAGCUGCAUGCUUACAGGUUUUGCUAAUUCUGGUAACAUUAGUGGGGGAAAGGCAUUUCAUGGAGUUAUGUUGAGGAGAAAUUUUGUAUUGAAUACUUUGGUUGGUAAUAGUCUACUAUCAAUGUACUACAAACUUGAGUUAUUGGAGUACGCCAAAAAGGCUUUUGAUUUGGUAGUUGAACGUGAUGCAGAGUCAUGGAAUUUGAUGGUCUUUGGAUAUGGGAAGAUGGGAUUGGAUGUUAAAUGCUUGGAUCUUUAUAGAGCGAUGCAAUUUCUCAGAUUAGGCUAUAAUUCUGAUCUCAAUUGCUUAGUUUCUGUGAUUUCUUCCUGUUCCCGGUUAGGGGCAUUGCGUUUAGGCCAAUCCACACAUUGCUGCAUGAUAAAGUAUGCAGUUGAUGGAGAUGUAUCAGUUGCUAAUGCACUCAUUGGCAUGUAUGCGAGAUGUGGAAAACUUAACCUUGCAAGGACAAUAUUUGAUCACACAAGUAGAGAUGUUGUUACAUGGAAUGCUUUGAUUGCAGCUUAUGCUCAUCUAGGACAUUCUAGUGAUGCCUUACCACUGUUUGAUCAGAUGCUUUUGGAAGAUGUGAAACCCAAUUCUGCAACUUUAGUGAGUAUUCUGUCAGCUUGUUCACAUAUGGCUGCUCUCCACCGUGGAAAAUGGAUACACAACUACAUCAAAGAAAUGGGGUUAGAGUCUGAUGUCUCUAUUUGCACAGCACUGGUGGACAUGUAUGCUAAAUGCGGGCAGCUUGAAAUUUCAAGAGCAGUAUUUGAUUCUAUGCCCGAAAGAGAUGUUGUUUCUUGGAAUGUGAUGAUCUCAGGGUAUGGCAUCCAUGGAUAUGCCAAGGAAGCAUUAGAUGUCUUCAGGGAAAUGGAAAAGACGAGUUUGAGGCCUAAUGGGGUUACAUUUCUUGCAGUCCUAUCUACAUGCAGUUAUGCAGGAUUAGUGAAAGAGGGAAAAGAAUUGUUUGAUGAAAUGGGAAAGUAUUCUGUUAUACCAACACUGAAGCAUUUUGCUUGCAUCGUGGAUCUCCUGGGCCGAUCAGGGAAUUUAUGUGAGGCUGAAGCUAUGGUUCUUAAUAUGCCAAUGGAGCCUGAUAGUGGAAUUUGGGGAGUGCUGCUAGGCGCUUGUAGAAUGCACAAUAACAUGGAGAUGGGAGAGCGUAUUGCAAGGAGAGCUUUGGAGUCGGACCCUACGAAUGAUGGAUACUACAUUCUGCUGUCCAAUAUGUACAGCUGUGCUGGAAGAUGGGAAGAGGUGGAGAAACUGAGGGGUACAAUGAACAAUAAGGGAGUAAGAAAGAGAGCUGGUUGGAGUGCAGUGGAGCUUGGUUAGGGGAUUCACAAGCAAAAGACUCAUGCAUGGGAUGGAAUAAGUUGCAGUGCAUGAUAGAAUAAAUGAUGAAAACCAAAAAUCUGCAAUUGGACUGAGAUCAACUUAGGUACAGGUCAAAGAAGGGAAAAGAUAAAGAGGAAAUUUGAAAGAAAAAUGUUGUUGGAGAAAAGAUGAACCACAAUUCAUGCAUAUAUUCUUCCAUCCACAAGACCAACUCAGGUAUGCAUAUAUGAGAAGGCUGAGUGAAGGACAUAGACAGCAAGAAAGCAUUUCCCGCAAAGUAGGUAUCGAGGAAGAGAGGAAAAGUCUAUCCAAGGCAACAGCCAGGGACUGGUCCUAUCAGUUGAUGCUAAAGCCUAGACUUAAAUGGACAUGACAGCUUCACGAGCAUCUUGUUGGUGCUGUCUCUCAGCUUUGUGGAGCCUAGAGCAAGUUAUGAUCAAUUUCUUGGUGCACUGAAAUUGUUAAUUUGCUCCUUAUUUCUGAGGUUUUUGAUCCUUUACUGCAAGGAUCAAUAAAUAUAGGCCUGCGAAUGACCGAGAUACAAGCAUGCGUAAUGACAAGAAAUAAAGGACCAUGUGCACAUGCCAAUUGAGUUGCAGAACUUAUAGGAAAAAAUUGAGACGAGGUCAUGUGAUACUUGAGUCAUCUCUUUAAAAUAAAGUUUCUCUAAUAGAGGAAGUUGAUUGGUCCCUCAGGCAUGGAGACACUUGAAAAUUCCAUAUGGAUGUGCAAGAGCAGUACUUGCAAUCGAUUUUUAAGGAAGGCACCGGGAGCACUUGCCAGUUAUAGUCUGAUUUCAUUGGUAGUGGAAGCUGUGAGGCCCGCGCUUCUGAGCUGGUCUCUGCAACGGAGUCAGAGUGCUUGAGUUCUUUCUUUUAGAAAGUAGCUUAUUCCAUAUAAGCUGAACAUGCUGAUUGCUCCACAUACAGCUGCUUAGAAACUUUAGAGAGACAGGAGGCAAAUGCUCGAAAAAAAGUAAUGCAAACUGGAGCAUAGCUCUUCUCUUGACAAUUGGACCGAAUUCUUAAUGUACUCAAAAUGCAAUAUCAACAAAUGAUUCUUCAAACAAAAGGUGAAGCCAUCAGGGUACCAUUCUCUUGUAUAUGAAAAUUUGUUGGAAAGGGUUAAAAAAAAAGGAAUAGCUGAUCUCUAUACUUGACAAUGUAUGAGUUUAAUUUUUUUAGUUCUGUUAAUUGUAAAUACAAGUAUUCAGUGCGAUAUCGUUACUUUGAUAAAA